GCAUUGCAUGUAAAAUCAGAGAAAUUAUGAUCCCUAUUGCCGAAGGGAUGGACAUGGACUCCUGAGGCAGAUCUGAUAAAACUAAAAACUCCUUUAGUAUGGUAAAUUGGAAGAUAGACAGAAAUAAUUUGUUGUAUAUGUCAGACAAGCUAUCCAUAUACAUUUGUGCACUCUUAGGCUAGCAGAAAACCCGUUGGAAAUUUGGAACGAUUUAGAAAAACAAUUUACUGAAUUACAAAAAGUAGCUUUCAAAUACAAAAGUAACUUAAUUUGCGGUUUUAAUAUUUUUAAACCAAUGCAUCAUAUCGAAUGAAACAUCAAAGUUUUUGUUAAUGUACAUCCCUAAUAUGUAUGUAAGUAUAUCUGGCAGUAUUUGAUUACUUUUUCAGAGUAAAUGCAAUGUCCAUAAAUGAUGUUUGCUUAUUUGCAUACAGUUAAAUGAAGACUUUUUAAAAUAGCUACGUUGCAUUCAAUAACAAAGAAUGUGUGACUUCACCAAUACUGAUUUUCUAUCCAAUUAUAAACCUUUGACAAAGCUUGAUUAUAGGAGUUAACAUUUAUACAUUUAUUUACUCGCUUUCUUGUUUAUACUAAGAUAAACAGUUAUAAGAGUAUUACACGGUUUGCGCUAAGGUCGCUUUUAUACAGAAAUUUAUUGCAAUUUGUUUAUAUUGUUUAUGCGGACAUAAAAAAUGCAGCUUCAACAAGUACAAAUAAGCGUCCACUCCCUCUCUCUCUCUCGAAUGCUGCCAUCUCUUGACUUCAUAUGAUUGUUUAGGAUGGGAAACAUUCAUACAAAUAUAUGUACAUAUGUAUGUGGGUUUGAGUACUCAUAGGAAAAGUAAAAUAAUAAUGCCCGGUUUCACAGUCCAUACUUAAGUUACGCGCAAAUAAAAUCUUAGCUAAGCAUUGUUGCAGACUGAGUAGUCGUUUGCGUUUUACAGUCAAUGCUUAAUUUCUAUAAAAUUUUAUGUUGAUAUAUGACAACGUUAUGGGAAACGUUGACGUCGCAUGGAAGCGCAAGCAUGGAAUUCACAGUGUCCAUCUGGCUGCCAUCGCAGUGAAAAAACAUUGAAGAAAAAGUAUCUUACUCUGAAAAGAGAGGUUAAAAAGCGAGCUGCAGAUGAUAAAAGAUCUCUUUAUUUAACUGGAGGAGGACCACCAUCAAAGAAAAUGUUAACUGAAUUUGAUGAAAAGCUUUUGAAUGUGUUGAAUGAGAAGCAAGUUAGUGGCAUGCAGAGUGUGUAUGACAAUGAUGUAAUUGCAGUAAAUAUUGAUAAAUCCGUGAUAUUGGAGGCAGAUACAUUAGAAAGCAUAGUGGAUUUCGAAAACACGACUGAAGUGGAAAUUGAUAAAGAAAUAAAUGGUAAAGAAUGUUAAAGUAAAAAAUUACCAGAAACAUUACAAAGAAAUAUAUCUUUUAGAAUCCGACAACGUUGCAUUAAACGUUGAAUCAAGCCAGCGUUGGAGCAAAUAUGAUCCAAGCAAUUUGAAAGCAGCAAAAAAUGUAAAACUAAAAUUUGAAGAAAAACCACAAAGAUCUGCGAAAAAUGUUUGGACAAAGUUAUCAGAUAUGAAAGCAAAAUGGACGGAAGAAAAAUAUAAAGCGGAAAUAAAAAUAAUAUAUGCGGAGCACGAACAAAGAAUGAAGUUAUUAGAAGAAAGCAACAACUUAUCAACAAAGUUGAUGAAAGAAAAACAUGAUUUGGAAAUGAAAAUUUUAGCAGUAGAUUUGGAACUGAAAAAAAGGAGCUGGAAGGGUGAAAUAAAACAUAAAUCUAUGUAAAAUUAUAAACGUAUUUAUUAAAUUACAAUAAACUGAAGUAACUAUCUAUUAAACAUUUUCUGAUAACAUUAUUUAUUGUAUGACUUUCAGCAGUGCGAUUAUUGGGUAUAUUAAUCAUAUUGUUUACAACAUCUUCAAUUUCAUUUGAAAGUGCCGGAGCCACUAUAUCGCGAUUAUUGCAGCAGAUGUUGUGUAAUACUGCUGUUGCAACAAUAAUGCUUUGAGUUUUUGCUAGGUGCAAGCGCAAGCCCAGUGAUAAUACCGGAAACCUACGCUUCCAGACUCCAUAUGACAUAUCACAUAACGUCUGGACGUUGAUGGAAAAUAUACCUUUUAUAUUACGAAACAGCUCUGCAUCUUCCCCACCUGUAUAUAAAAAGGUUUUGAGAGAUUUGCUGCAAACACGCUAAGAAAUUUAGCUAAUUUAAAAAAGUCUCUUUAGGACUUUUUCAGAUCUCUUUCCGUUUUUGGCAUAUAAAUGUGAUGGGUCUUUAAAUUGGGCUAUGUGGUGCGAAACUACUGUUAUAACUCUUGAUACCGUACUUUUAGAUACUCCAAAUAAAUCUCCUACUGUCCUCAACAUACUUCCCGUAGCAUAA